UCUUGGGAUCGAAACCCUCCGACCUUCAAAUUCUAUUCCCGAAUUCGCCCUCGACUUCGAUUCAAUGGCUUCCGCCGCCACCGCCUUCUUCGCCCCCCUGUACGCCAGCCCUUCUCCCCAUGGCGCAUCCCGGUCGUUCUUCCAUCGCUCUGCCUAUUUCUCGUUCGGACUGCCUAGGUCCGCCUUUCGGGCCCUCAAGCACUCAUUCCCGUUGCAUAAAGAACCCGGAUUUGUGCCGAAACCGGUGAGGGCCCCCGGCGUGGCCUAUGCCACCGCAGCCACGGAGAAGAGCAUCCAUGAUUUCACUGUAAAGGAUAUUGAUGGGAAGGAUGUUUCUCUGACCAAAUUUAAAGGGAAAGUUUUGCUGAUAGUUAACGUUGCUUCAAAAUGUGGGUUGACAACAUCAAAUUACACGGAGCUCUCUCACAUUUAUGAAAAGUACAAGACACAAGGAUUUGAAAUUUUGGCCUUCCCUUGCAAUCAAUUUGGGGGCCAAGAACCUGGAUCAAAUUCAGAGAUUAAACAGUUUGCCUGUACAAGGUUUAAAACAGACUUUCCUAUCUUUGACAAGGUUGACGUUAAUGGACCAAAAACUGCACCAGUUUAUCAGUUUCUCAAGUCCAGCGCUGGGGGAUUUCUUGGUGAUCUAAUAAAGUGGAACUUUGAGAAGUUUUUGGUAGAUAAGAAUGGAAAAGUGGUGGAGAGAUAUCCACCAACAACUUCUCCUUUCCAGAUCGAGAAGGAUAUUCAGAAACUCCUUGCGGCAUAAUCAUUUUGAUCCAGUAUGAAUGUGAAUAGAGCACUGAGCCAUGCUUGCUAAGGACAACUUUUUCUCCCAUUUCUUCAGUUCUAAACCUGUAAUUGGAUGGCUCCAUGCAUAACCGAACCAGAUGGAUUUAUAGUUCAUAUUCUGAAAGCUUUACUCGACAUAUUAUUUGAUUACAUUUUGUUCAAGUGCACUCAGCAUGUAUCUAAAAUAGUAGAUAAGGUGUCCUCAGUUUAGCUCUAUGCUAUCAGAAGUACAAUACUGGAACAGAGUACAAGUUGGUUCCUAAAUAAGCAAGGGAAAAUAUCAAAUUGCUUUCUGGGAUACCUGUUGGAAAACUGAAAAUUCUAUUGGGCUUAUGGAUAUUCAUCACACUUUUUUUAAUAAAGAGAAUAUUUAUGACA